AUGCACGAUACAAGUGAGCAAGAAGCCGCUUUUGCUGAGCAAAUGGCCGCAAACAAGCCGAGCGCUUCCAGUCACUUGAACUGUUCUGCUACUCCAACGGCCACGAGCACUGGCCCUAAUCUGAGUUCGCCACCCCCACCCAUCUCCUGUUCGCCUUCCGCAUUGUCAUCUUCCUCUUCCAGCGAGUCUAGUGAUACUGAACUGGAAGACGAACUGGUCCUUGACGAGAAAGCGUUCAGUUUCGAUCCGAAACACGGUUCCUUGGCCAAACUGCUCGAUUGGUCCGAUUCAGAGGAUUCUUUAAUGCUCCCGGACUUACCACACUCAACUGAUGUCGCUGCCACUGCUGAGAGAGGUCAAAAGAAAGCGUCAGUGGUUGCCACAGACAGACAGGCCUCCCCGUUGGAAUUGGGCUUAGACGUGGCCGCUAUGUUGGGUCAGUGUGAAGCCGGCCAAUCCUCUUGUGAAAUGACUCUAACCAAUACCGACACCCUAUCCGAUUUGCGCUCAUAUCUGAUCACAUCCGGGGACAGGUCCGAGGUGGGAGAAAAUACGUCAAGUGCAAAUACACACCGAUUUCAGAAGCUCCGUUUGGGUUCCUCCGUGGAAGGAGUUCGCACACCCACAGAUCAAGUAUACCACUAUCUGCCAGCUUGGCAACCGGACCGAUUGAGGGAAUCCGGGAUCUCGCACUCGGGCUGUUCAGACAGUGAUGCUGAAGGUCAUGGCAGUGACAGUGACGAAGAUCGUUUCAAUUAUAACGGGGAGGAUGAGGAUGCCAUCGUCUAUCAAGUCGGCCGACAGUGCGCUUCUUGUCUUCGUGCGUUCAAUCUGUUCCGACGUCGUCAUCAUUGUCGACGCUGUGGGCACAUAUUCUGUGCCUCAUGUUGUAAUCACUGGCAAUCGGUCGAAGGCCUGGCCACGGACAAGGCAGUGCGUAUUUGUGCAGAAUGCCAUGAGUUUUUGAAUGUGAAAACUGGUGCAGUGUGA